GUGGUUGGCUACGUCAUAAAUCUGCGCAGAGCUGAGGUGGCGGUUGAGACGAGGUUGUUUUCCGGCUGCUCACCUGAAAUCCCCGCGGCAACCUUCAUCAUGACUAAACUUAUGGAGUGGCUGUUCGGUGUGUCGCUGGUGGGCGCAGUCUGGGCUUUGGUCACUUUCGACCUGUUGGACCUGAGCCUACCGCAGACUUACAGAGAGGUUGCCUGGCCGAUGCCCCUCUAUCUGCUGGUGUCUUUUGGCUGUUACUCACUGGCCACAGUGGGAUACAGGGUGGCCACCUUCAACGACUGCGAGGAGGCGGCGAAAGAGCUGCAAGAGCAGAUAAAAGAAGCCAAAGAGGACUUGAGGAAAAAGGGCUUAAAGAUGUAGAAUAUCAGAAGGACUAUGUAGAAACCUUUGUGAGACUGAGGACGGACACGCAAGUGUCUGUACUUGUUGGGGGUCGCGUAAAAAUGACGUGGCUCUCAUUUAGGAUGCGUUGGAUGAGACUGAACUCUGAACCCUGAUUUUUGUUUCUAACAGACAUGAGCUGAACAUCAAUCAUAACAACCCUUCAUCCAGCAGUGUUUGUUUGUCAUACAGUCAUGUCUUUCACAUUAGAUAUUGAUCAGAUGUGUUUCAAAACAUUAAAAAUGAAUGUCCUGAUGAAUGAUUUUCUGGGUUACUCAGAACAGAGCAAGAAGUCUUCAAAUGGUGCAAAUGCAUUUAAAGUUACUGAAUGAUUAUGAAAACCAGGUUCUGUUCUGAGUCAUUUUGUAGCAGGUGGUUUAACUGAUUGGCGCACCAAGAACCAGAUGAAAGACGAACACAUGCGGUGCCGUCUUUGGUUGCAAACUACACACAGUUAAAAUACCCCCGAGAAUCACUGGUAUGCUAAAUUAUCAUCUGUAACCAGUUGUCGAUAUUGAAAUGCCAACAAAUGAACCCCAAAGAUCACACUGGAAAAAUCCGUCUAUAGGCUCUUUCCACUGAGACUUCUCAGAUGCUUUCAAUCAGCAUCAGAUCCAAAAUAGUACAACACAAUGUGGACCUUGUUGUAUGUGUGUCUGGAGAUUGUUGCUUGUCAGUAUGGAUGGACUAGAUUUUAUCUGUAAAGUGUACAUUCCAUUGUCCAAUUGCAGACUUGUUCCCUGUGGCUGUUGCUGGGACUUAAUUAAAUUGGAGUCUAUUUUCUUCA